AUGGGAACAAGGAAGCCAUUGGAAACUUCAAUGCUCUUUGAUGGAGCCAGCGUGGACGGUGACGAGUUUGUCGAAAGCCAUUAUAAGCUAUUGUCUCUUGCGCGAGCGCGCGAGAUCUCAGCCUUGGGUGAUGAGGCUAAUGAUACACUCGCUUCAAAGAAGCCCAAGUUAGAUCUCAAGUUAUCCUUGGGUCUUACUAAGGACGCGGAAAGCUUACAGCCGAGCCCAUCAUCUCAUCAAUCCCCAAGGAGCCAUCCGAGUGGUAAGCCGGCCUAA